AGCCCGGCUUGGCCUUGACAGGCAGGGUCGAAGCACACCUCCCGAGGCAAGGCGUGUAGAUCUAGGCUACAUACUACAUGGCAACAACAGCUGUGCUUCUCGUUUCAAUUUAGUGAGUGUAACACAGAGAUUCAGAGCCAUGAGCAACAACGGGCUACCGAAGUUCCUCAGGAUUAUAUCGAGGUAUCAGCGGAGUGUCUUUCAGACAAGAGUUGUCCAACAGACUCAUCUGACCAAAAGACUUCUGUCCUCGUCCCAUCUGAAAAUGGCCGAUACAAAACCCACACGAGAAGAUGCCUUGGCCGCUGUUGGCGCUUACUUACAGAAAGGUCAAGGAGCCGAGUCAACCGCUAAGCUAUAUGACGACACAGCGGACAAGUAUGACCAGUACAUGGAGGCGCUCAAUUUCGGAGGCCCAACCCAACUGGCCAAGUCUGUGAGUGCGUUGAUAGGAGACAGGUUUGACAUCAAAAUCAUCGACAUUGGCGCCGGCUCGGGACUGUCUGGACUUACAGUCUAUCAAGCCGGGUACAAGAACAUUGAUGCUGUGGAUGCCUCUCAGGGAAUUCUUGACGCUGCGAAACAAAAGGGAGUUUACGGGAAGCUGAUGUGUCAACUCGUGGGAGAUACCCCGGGGCUACAUCGUGAACGUGUUCCGUGAGGAAGCGGUCCGUGUGGCGUGGUACGAGGAAGGUUUGGAGCCCUUCAUGAAACAGCUGGAGGCUGAGGGCGUGUGGAAGGAGGAGAAUCGUGAAUAUUUCUCAAACUUCGUAGGCGACGUGCCAGGCAUCGUACUCAUACACAAAGUCCUUUAACUCUACUAACUCCAAGAUUUCGACCUCACCGUCACGCUAUCAAACAUUUAUCAUUCAAGUUUAUCUCUUAGUCUUACCCUGACUAAAAUUGUGCCAUGCAAUCUUUUAUCUCUGUACAAGUGGGCUUCUCUUUAUUUGUUACAGAUAAAAACUGUUUAUCAUUUCAAGAAGUAGAUUUUAUAUACGUCUACCCGAUACAACUACAUGAAACAUUCAUUUCUUAUGUUCACUUGUGUUCAACAGUAUCGUUGGGGGUUUUUUUUCAG